GAUUCAUUGUGCUUUUUGUGUUUCUUUGAUAUUUUACAGAUUAUAGUGAUAAUUUUUAUAUUUAUUUAGUGAAGUUCUGCGAAUAAAUAUAUUUUAUAUGUGAUUUUAUCAAUGCAAUGCAUUUAUUUCCAUAUCCUCAUAAAAAUUUUGAACAUUUACCAGAUGGUUAUUGGAUAUAAACAAUACGGGAACUUUAUGUUGUCAUGUUGUCAUCAACCAAUGAAUAACUAACUUUGAUUUUUAUGAACGUCUAGAGCGCGUCAUGUUCGCGUUCAUUCUAUUUACCACUUAAACAUCCAAAUUUGUCAAAAUUAAACUGUCAAAUUAGUCAAGAUGGAACUCCAAAAAACGUCACAAUUAUGAAUAAAAGAAAUAUAAAAUGAACAAAGAACGAUACAGUCUUGGUGAUUUUUUCAAGAUCCAUCCGAUAAAAACCCAAUUGAAAAUAGCUAAUAAAGAUGGUAUAGAUAAUUUCAGGGAAUUUCAACGAAUCUACGGACCCUUGUUUAACAAUAAUAUCAAACAAAAUAGCAAACCGCUAAAUAGUAAAUCGAUUGUAGAAACUCGACCUAAAAUUGAAAUUAAAACAAUACAAUUGGAAAUGCCGAGGUUUGGAUCUGAAAGUGCGGUACUCAACCCGAAGAAAAACCAACCAAAACCGAAAAAACCACCUACUAAAAUAUUGAAAACUAAAUCAGCGAAAAAAAUUGAAACUAAAGAACAAGGUGUAUCUACAACGGCACAUGGUUUAGUUAAAAAAUUAUCAGAAAUGGAACAUUCUUUAAGAAAAGAUCCUAAAGUUGAAAUCCACCAAACCACCUCUACUAUUCUUGAUAUAACUAAUCGAGAAUUAGAAGUAGCUAAUGAACAAUUGGAACAAAUAAAAAAAUUGAUCGAAUCCAAACAAGUUCAAACACAAACAAUUAAAUCACAACCAUAUCAAACGACCCAUAAAGUUAAAUAUAGCAGACAUCGAAGUUGCCAUCAGAAGAAAUAUUUAACAGCAUUACAAUCAAUGCAAAAAAAACUUCAUGAAAUGGAAAAAAAAUAUUUAAAAAAACCACAAGUUACCUACAAAAGCGUUAAUGAUACUUUUACUCAAUUUUCAAAAAGCGUCGAAAUGUUUCGACGAAAAUCGUUACCUGAAGAAGAAGAGAUAGAUCAAACUUUAAAAGUAGCCAUAUCAGAACUUGAGGACAUCGUUAAUACUGAUAUAUCGAAAAAAUUUGAAAAAUACACCAAAGAAAACAAUAAAGAAGAUAUAGAAUCAUCACCUUUUGAUAGUGAAAGGAAUGCAAUUAAAACACCUCAAGUCACAUCUGUGGAUUCAGUAGAAAAAUAUUUUAAUCAAAUACAAGAAGAAUUAUUGCUCAAAAAAUCUGAACGGACCACAGUUUCUCCAUUCUGUCAAUCUUCGGAAUAUUCCAGGCCGAUAGAAGAUUUCUUAGCAGGCAAAGAUCUUGACGAAACUUCUUCUAAAUCUUCAAUAUCACCUCGUGAAGAGCAACCAAAACGGGUGACAUUCGAAAAUGUUUUAACAAAAGAUUGUUCUGGUGAUCAUCAAAAACAAAGUAUAAAACCUUUGAAAUAUUCGUUUAAAAAGCAAAAUUCAGAUCAAAGCUUUGAAAAAAACGAUUUAACUGACGUAAUAGAAGUGUCUGAAAAACAUUUAAAUAGAUAUCGUAAUUUGAAACAAGACGUUAUAGAUGUUAACGAUUUUUGUAACACUCUUCAUGAUAUAGUUACUACAGACGACGAAGAUGACGAUAAAACAACAGAAAUAUCUAAAGAUGAACAGAAUAUUUUCGAGGAAACUAAACUUCAAGAAUCCGUUAUGAAAUCUUGUUAUUUAAUGAAGGAAUUUAAUGUUAAACCGAAAAUAUUCAGAGAAGAAACACCCAAAUUUUGCGAUAAAAAUAAAUUUUAUAAAAUGGCCAAGAGAUGUUCGGCGUCUGGUGACAGAAAUAUGGAUAAUAUGAUAGAAAAUCUCCAAAAUGCUUUAGAAAAUUCGAUUUUUACUGUCGAUAAAAAAAAUAUUAUUGAAAUGUGCGAGUCCAAUGUCCUUAAAUGAAUAAAAAUUUUGUUGACU